UCCAAAUUCCCGUAAAACUCUUCCUUUUUUGAAAAUCCCCCAAGCUUUCAAACCCCGAAAGUUCCCUCUCAAUCUCACUCACUCCCCGAAUUCCCCAAUUCUCUCUCGCAUUUCAGUAUAAUCCCGAAAUCCAAACAAACCAAAACGAAUGAAUUCUAAAACCCAAGCGCGAGAAGCGAAUCCGAAGAAGCAAUGGUCGAUGCAAGACUUCGAGAUCGGAAAACCCCUCGGAAAAGGAAAAUUCGGCCGAGUCUACCUCGCCAGAGAAGCCAAGAGCAAAUACAUAGUGGCGUUGAAGGUGAUUUUCAAGGAGCAAUUAGAGAAGUACAGAAUCCAACACCAGCUGAGGAGGGAGAUGGAGAUCCAGACCAGCCUUCGGCACCCGAAUAUACUGCGACUCUACGGGUGGUUCCACGACCCUGAACGCAUUUUCCUCAUACUCGAAUAUGCUCAUGGCGGCGAGCUUUAUGGCAAGCUCAGGAAAACCGGUCAUCUCUCUGAGAACCAAGCCGCCACCUACAUUUUGAGCCUCACGCAAGCAUUGGCCUAUUGUCAUGAGAAGGAUGUGAUUCAUAGGGACAUCAAGCCAGAAAAUCUGUUGCUUGAUCAUGAGGGUCGACUGAAAAUUGCGGACUUUGGAUGGUCUGUACAGUCAAGAAGCAAGAGACACACUAUGUGUGGAACUUUGGAUUAUUUAGCACCGGAAAUGGUGGAGAACAAAGCUCAUGACUACGCAGUUGAUAACUGGACUUUGGGUAUCCUUUGUUAUGAGUUUCUUUAUGGUGUCCCUCCAUUUGAGGCUGAGAGUCAAACUGACACCUUUAGAAGGAUAAUGAAGGUUGACCUGAGCUUCCCUUCCACCCCUUGUGUUUCUGAAGAAGCCAAAGAUCUCAUUCUUCGGCUUCUAGUAAAGGACUCCUCAAAAAGGCUCUCUCUUCAGAAGAUCAUGGAGCAUCCUUGGAUAGUCAAGAAUGCCGAUCAUAUGGGUAUUUGCAGAUAAGUAGGAUUUGAAACUUCUGAUCUGAUUUUGCCAUGGCUUUGAAGAAUUCACAUGGUUGAAUUGUGCUUCCAAUGGUGAAAUUUUUUUGGCGAAAUGAAGCACCUUCCAGAAUUCAUCAUUGUAACCUCCAAUAUCUCGUCAUGUACUAUACCAUCUGUAUAUGAGUAUACGUUCCCUGUCUUGUUCAUGGCAUUGCAACCGCGUAUUUAAACAUAGAAAUUAGAUUACUGGAUUUAUUGGAUCUCUUUAAUCUAUUUAUCCAAAUGGUAAA